AUUUUACUUAAUUUUCGCUCAAAGAAAAGAUGGCAGCCAAUUGUUGACAUUUCUCUGUUUCCUACUCUUUCCGCCUGUUUUUAGGAGACCAAUCAUUCAGCUGAAUUGAUUAAAAACUCAUCAUCGGCAAAUUCAUCAACUCCACGUAGGCGGAGCAUCUGUUCCUGCAAAUAACUACCACGGCAUGACAAAUUACCUGCGAGACAACGAAGGGAAGUUUAUCCCGGCCAGUCAACGUCCGGACGGUACUUGGCGCAAGGCAAGACGUGUCAAAGAAGGAUAUGUCCCGCAAGAGGAAGUCCCCCUGUACGAAAGCAAAGGCAAGCAGUUCGCCGCCAGAAAGUCUGAUCUUCCCGUGGGCAUGUGCCCGCUCGUAGCUCAAGCCGCCAAAGAAAAACGUGACAAGCAACGGAAAAACAAAGCCAAUCCCGCCCCGGGAGUGAUAGUCCUACCAAAUAAUCAAAACAGCAAUUCAAAUGACACGUCGAAAUCAGCUCCUCCACGGGACGCUGAGAAAUCCACAAAAGCGCCAAAUCAAAGCAAGCAAACAGUCAACGAACCUGUCGUCGAGUCCCUAGCCCACGAGGUGGACGAGCUCAGUCUGGACCCCGAACGACAGGAGCAACUCAAAAAGCUGCGCAAACUAAAGAAGAAAAUCCGCGAAAUAGAAUCAAUCGAGGCGAAAAUCAAGUCCGGAGAAUUGAAGAAACCCGAAAAGGACCAGCUGGACAAAGUCAAACGGAAACAUGAGAUUCUGGCGGAGAUCCAGGAACUGGAGAACUCGAAGUAAACGAGACUUGUUGGUGCCAUCUUUCAUUUUAGUGAAGUAAUUUUAAAAACUAAUGGUUUUCCUUGGCUGAAUUGAAACAUACCAAAAUUGGGGAUCUGUGACCUGACUUUCGGGUCCUUUCGAGCGAUCUGCGUUUUAGACUCUUUUAUUUAGAUGAGCCGGACGGGGCGCAAACUGGGGCCCUCGGCCGUUAUGGCCCUUCUCCUGGGGAGCAUUCGUUCCACGCGAACUGAGACAACACCUUCCGCUGAGCAUUUGUACGUAUACAAUUUUAAGGCCAAUCAACUUGCAAGAUCACGUGAAGAAUUAGUUUUUAAUAGAUGUAAAAAGCCAGAGACUAUUGUAACUAUAUACAUAUAUUUAAUUGUAGUCUAAUUAUUGUAUUUUAUCACGAAUAAAGUGUUUGAAUGUGUACAAAA